AUGGUGUGGGCCAACCCCAAGUGCACAGGCGAAGUCCCGAACAAGCGGUCCGGCCACUCGCUGACGCUCCGCGGCUCCGAGUCGGCGCUGUACCUUUUCGGCGGUUGCGACCACAAGAUUCCGCCGGGCCCAAGCAACGACCUCUUUCGCCUCGAUAUGGCCAACGGCUUUGCGUGGUCGCGCGUCCAUGCCGCGUCAAGCGCACCCGAGGACGCGCCGCCACCGCGCUGGCGGCACACGGCCAUCAUGUACAACGAGCGCCGGCUCGUGGUAUUCGGCGGAUUUGCGGCCGAGAAGCGCAUGAACGACUGCUGGAUCUUCGACUGCGAGACCAAACUCUGGGAGCAACAGCACGCGCAGAACUUUUGGGAGGGCCUGCCGCAGUGCCGCGGGUCCCACAGCGCCACGCUCGUCGAGCACAAGAUGUACAUCUUUGGCGGCUACGGCGGCAACGGGUACGGGCGCACGGACUUUAACGACCUCCACGCGCUCGACCUGCGCAGCAUGAAGUGGGAAGAGAUCCUCACGGAGGGCGAGAAGCCCGAACCGCGCUCGUCGCACCAGACGUGUCUCAUUGACAACAACCUCUUUGUCGUUGGCGGCUGGAACUCGGUCAAGCAGUUCAACGACCUCUUCGUGCUCGAUCUGCAAACCAAUACGUGGAGCGCGCCCGACUCGAAGCUCCACGUGCCGACUUGGAACCACGCGUGCGUUGGCGUUCAGGCCGUGCCGCACUGGAAGAUCUUCAUGUUUGGCGGUACGUCCGGCGACCUCGCCGAGUCGGGCAACUCGCAAGGCGCGUACCUCAACAACGUCAGCGUCCUCGACACGGGUACGAUGCAAUGGCGCGAGCCGUCGCUCAAGGGCGAUGCACCGCUGCCGCGCGCCGACACGGCCAUGAUCUACGACCCGGUCGCGUACAAGCUGGUACUGUUUGGUGGUUGGGCCAACCGCUGGUUCGGCGACGUCCACGUCCUCCAAGUCAACGAAAUCGUUGGGCCGCCGUACUCGGUCGCGUCGAUCGCGCCCGCGUCCGGCCCCAUCACGGGCAACACGCGCGUCAAAGUUCUGGGCUACAACUUUACCGGUUCGAGCGCCACGGUUCGGUUUGCGGUUGCAAAAGGGUUUUUGGACGUCCAGGGACAAGUGCUCGGACCGACCGUCGUGCAAGUGACGACGCCCAACUUUGACAAGUACGGGCCGCUCGCAACCGAAGUCCGCGUGUCUCUGCCCGGCGACUCGUUCACCAACAUCGCGACGUCGUUCAAGUUUCACAGCGUCACGAGUGCGCCCAAGAGCAUGGCGUAUGGUCCAUGCGUCAUGCUGUCGCUGAGCAGUUUGAUCAUGGCGAACGAGCCGACGUCGUUCGUGCUCCAGUCGAUCGACAAGGACGGGGUUGCUCGCGACUGCGGCGGCGACGUCUACCACGUCACGCUCGUGCCACGCACCGCCGACGGUGCGGAGGAUGUCGAGAGCACGAUUGAGAUUACGACGAUCCACGACAAAGGCGACGGGCGCUACAUUGUCACGUUCAUCCCGCCGGCGGCCGGCAAGUACAUGGUCCACGUCACGUUUGAAGGGACGUUUGACGGGGUCGCGGGUCCGAUUCGCGGGUCGCCGUUCGCCUGCUGCUUUCAGCCGCCCUCGGACGAGAUGGCGAUCCGCUGCGUUCCGAGCGUCGCGAAAGAAGAUGAUUUCAACUCGUCCGACCUCAUCCGCAAACUCUACACGGACACGACCAAGCGCGCCGGCGACUACAAGCGCGUGCUCAAAGAGCUCAAGGCGGACAUUCCGAGCAACGAUGCGGACGGUCUCGAGGCGCUCAAGAAGAUCAAAGACCUUGUCCGGAAGCUCGAGACGGACCGGGCGGCCAACCAGCUGCUUCAGGAUCAGACUGCGCACCUCUUUCAGUACAUGAAGAAAAUUGGCGGGCACGUCGACAAGGAAGCCGCGGACGUCGACAACCUCAUUAAACUCUACCACGACAUUCAAGUGCAAGUACCCGAAACUGAGACGCGCGUCACGGAGCCGACGCGGAUCUUCUCCGAGAAGACCGAGGCGACGAUCGCCGAGUACGAAAUCAAAGUCAAAAAGUGGCAGGCCACCAUCAAGACGCUCGACUUUUGGGACUCGAAACUCGAGCCGGGGAAAGCGCUCGAGAAGAUCGAGAUGCAGCUCGUCGAGUGGGAGAACGAGAAGAAGCGCUGCGCCGAGAAGAGCGACUUGAGCCACGUCUUUGGUUUCCCCCAGCGCAUGAACGAAACCCACGCGACGAUGGCCGCGAUCCGCUCCGACUUUGACGGCGCCAAGGCCGUGUGGGCCAUCGUCAAACGCACGAAAGCGUUCUUCGCGUCGACGCAUGAGAUUCUAUGGAAGGACGUCGACUGCAACAUGCUCGCGAUGGAGACGCAAGCCGUUUUGAAGGAGCUCAAGAAGAUCCCGCGCGACAUUCAGUGGUGCGACGCGUACAAAGUCAUCUUGAAAGAAACGCAAGGCUUUGACAAAACGCAUCCUCUCCUCCGGUGCCUCGCCUCGAGCUACAUGCGACCGCGGCACUGGCAGAAAAUCAUGGAGCACACGGGCGAGUUCACGCCACCGGACGCCGACCCCGACCAAAAGCUUGGGUUCCUCUUGAGCAAGCGCCUGCAUGAGUAUGCAAGUGAGAUUGGCGAGAUUGCGUACGAAGCCGAGAAAGAGCAGGAGCUUGAGCUCAAGCUCGUCGAGCUCGAAGAAACGUGGGCGCUCGUGGAGUGGGAGAUGUCGCCUUACAACCCGUCGGACCCGGUCGAGAAGCAAGUGCCGCUGCUCAAGAUCUCCGAGGACAACUUUGAGUUGCUCGAAACCAACCAGAUCGACUGCCAAGCCAUGACGUCAUCGCCGUAUCAAGGUGACUUUGAGACGCGCGUCACCGAUAUGCACCAAGGCCUCGCAUCCGUGAACGAAGUCGUUGUCAUCCUCGGCGACAUCCAGCGCUCGUGGAGCUACCUCGAGCCGCUCUUCAUCCAGAGCGAAGAAGUCAAGAACCAGCUCCCGGCGCUCACAGCCGACUUUGAAGACAUUGAUGUCGAGGUUCGCCGUAUUUUGCGCGAAGCCUGGGCGACCAAGAACGUCAAAGUGGCGUGCACGGUGCCUGGUCUUUUUAAGCUUCUCGAGUCCAUCGUCGAGAAGCUGGAGCUCUGCAAGCACCGGCUCAAGGAGUUCCUCGACGGCCGUCGGCGCCAAUUCCCGCGCUUCUACUUCAUGUCCGAGGCCGAUCUCCUCGACAUUCUGUCCAACGGGUCCAACCCCGCCAAGAUCAUGCCGCACGCGUCCAAGAUCUACCUCGCGUGCAAGACCAUGAACUUGGUACCCGCGCCAACGGGCCGUCCGACCGCUGUCGCGUUCGUCUCGGGCGUCGGCCACGAGAUCGUCGACUUUGCCGAGCCUGUGCUUUUGGAUGGCGAGGCCGAGAUCUACCUCGAGGCGCUCUUGAAGGCCAUGAAGUACACGCUCUUCAAGCACAUUGAGCGCUCGCUCGUGCUCUACACAACCGAGCCACGCGUCGAGUGGAUCAACUACAAGGACCCAACGGGGAAGCCUCUUGACGCGGCCCAAAUCAUCUUGCUUUCGGCGGGCAUCCACUACGUCAAGGAAGUCGAGGCCGCGUUCCGGGCCAUGGGCGGCGGCGACCGUGAAGCGCUCACGCGCUACAACAAGAAGCAGGAAGGGCAGCUCGAAGAUUUGAUCAAGCUCACGCAGAGCAAGAUCUCGAACGCCGAGCGCCAACGCGUCAUGUGUCUGAUCACCAUGGACGCGCAUGGUCGCGAUAUCGUUGCCAAUAUGAUCCGCGCUGGCGUCGACGACGCGACGAGCUUCAUGUGGCAGUCGCAGCUCAAGCACUACUUUUCGCCGUGCCAAGGCAGCUUUCUCAAUCGGGACCAAAACUUUCGCGGCCCAAACAACGCGCGCGCCCAAGUGCUCAUUUGCGACGCCGGCAUCCCGUACGACUACGAGUACCUCGGGAACGGCCCUCGGCUUGUGAUUACGCCGCUCACGGAUCGUAUUUACGUCACGGCGACGCAAGCGCUCAACCUCAAGAUGGGUUGCGCGCCCGCGGGGCCGGCCGGAACGGGCAAGACCGAGACAACAAAAGAUCUCGCCAACGCGCUCGGCAAGGCCUGCUACGUCUUCAACUGCUCGCCUGAAAUGGACUACAAGAGUCUCGGCAACAUCUUUAAGGGUUUGGCCUCGUCCGGGUCAUGGGGCUGCUUUGAUGAGUUCAACCGACUCGUGCCCGAGGUGCUCAGCGUGUGUUCGGUCCAAUUCAAGGCCGUCUGCGACGCUUGCAAGGCGGACGACGAGCGCUUCAUCUUGGAGAACGAACCCGUCAUGCUGGACCCGACGGUCGGUGCCUUCAUCACGAUGAACCCUGGGUACCUCGGUCGAUCGGAGCUGCCCGAAGGUCUGAAAGCACUUUUCCGACCCAUGACGGUCAUGGUGCCCGACUUGGUCUUGAUCUGCGAAAACAUGCUCAUGGCCGAAGGCUUCACGCAAGCCAAAAUCCUCGCGUCCAAAUUUUAUGGCUUGUACUCGCUCCUUGGACAACUCCUCUCCAAGCAGUUACAUUACGAUUGGGGUCUCCGCGCGGUCAAGUCGGUACUCUGUGUCGCUGGGUCGUUCAAGCGCGCCGAGCCCGACAUUCCCGAACCGGAUUUGCUCAUGCGCGCGCUUCGGGACUUUAACAUUCCCAAGAUCGUCGUGGAAGACAACGUCAUCUUCUUUGGCUUGCUCGGCGACUUGUUUCCUCGCAACGACCCCAACAUUGACGUCCGGAACGACCCACCCCGGAAGCGCGACCCGGAGCUCGAGUCGAUGGUGCAAGGCGCGUGCGAGGCCAUCAACAACAGUCCGCGCGAAGAAUUCAUGCUCAAGGUCGUCCAGCUCUCGGAGCUCCUUGCAAUCCGCCACUGCGUCUUCGUCAUGGGCCCGCCAGCAUGUGGCAAGACAGAGACGUGGAAAACGCUUCGAAAAGCCCGCGAGAUUAUGGGCGUCUCGAUGGAGAUCCAGGACCUCAACCCCAAGUCGGUCUCGACGAACGAACUCUACGGCUACAUUGUGCUCAAGACGCGCGAGUGGAAGGACGGCUUGUUGAGUAAGAUCAUGCGGGACCUUGGCUCGCGCACAAAAGAGAACGGCGAGGACGACACGUCGCCCAAGUGGAUUUUGCUCGAUGGCGAUCUCGACGCCAACUGGAUCGAGUCGAUGAACUCGGUCAUGGACGACAACCGCAUGCUCACGCUGGCCUCCAACGAGCGCGUCCCGCUCAAGUCGCACAUGCGCAUGAUCUUUGAGAUCCGCGACUUGGUGUACGCGACGCCUGCGACCGUCUCCCGCGCCGGUAUUCUCUAUAUUAGCGCGACGGAGGGCUACCAAUGGCGGUGUCUCAUCGACUCGUGGCUCCUCCGGCACAGCACGCCCGACCCGACGAAGAAGGCGAAGGACCAAGGACUCCUCUUCUCGCCCGAGUUUUUCAAGAAGCGCCUCGUGCCCAUCAUUCCGGUCGAAGAGGUGACGCUCGUCGGCAACCUCCUCAACAUGCUCGACUGCCUCUUGACGCCAGCGGUCCUUGCGGAUUAUGGCGUCAUGCAGCACAACUUUUGCUUUUGCUGCGUCUGGGCGUUUGGGUCGAUUCUCACCGUCUCGGACGACGGCACCGACUAUGCGCUCGAGUUUAGCAACUGGUGGAAGAACACGUGGAAGGACGUCAAGAUCGUGGCGAGUGCGAGCAACACCGUGUUUGAUUUCUGGCUCGACCCCGAGACCGCCAAGUUCAACGCGUGGAGCAAGUCGCCGUACUUUUACACGGCCACGUACAAGUCGCCGGACCCGAUCAACCAGAUUACGGUGCCGACGACCGAGACGUCGUCGAUCGCGUUCUGGCUCGAGAACCUCAUUUGCAAGAGCAUUCCGCUCAUGGUGUGCGGGCCCGCGGGCACAGGCAAGACCCAGAACGUCAACGGCGUGCUCAAGAAGCUCUCGCGCGAAGACGCCAACUACGGGUUCCGGUUCACGACACUCAACUUUAACUUUUACACGACGUCGGCGAUCCUCCAGGCCGCCAUGUUCAGCCACCUCGAGAAGAAGACGGGCUCCAACUUUGGCCCGCCGGGGAAAUUUCGGCUCAUUUACUUUAUGGACGAUCUCAAUUUGCCCGAAGUCGACCCGUACAACACGCAGUCGGCCAUCUCGCUCUUGCGGCAAAAGAUGGAGUACCACCAUUGGUUUGACCGCGCCAAGCUCCAAGUGCAAAACAUUCUCAACACGCAAAUCGUGGCUGGUAUGAACCCGACGGCCGGGUCGUUCCUCGUGGACCCGCGUCUCCAGCGGCACUUUACGACGUUCGCGAUGGGCAUGCCCGAGGCGCCGUCGCUCGUGACCAUCUACGAAACGUUCCUUGGCGGUCACCUAGGGACGUUCAGCGGCGAGCUCAACACGUCGUCGUUCUGGAAUGCGCUCAUCAAGGCGGCGCUCACGCUGCACACGAGCGUGGUCCAGACCUUCCGCAAGACAGCAGCCAACUUUCACUACGAGUUCAACGUCCGGCACCUCUCGAAUGUCUUCCAGGGCCUCAUUGCGAGCAAGAAGGACCGGUUCAACACGAGCGAGAAGUUCGUGUUGCUCUGGCUCCACGAGAGCGAGCGCGUGUACGGCGACCGCCUCGUGUGCAAGGCCGACAUUGAAAAGUACAACCAGCUCGUGCAGCUCCAAGUCAAGCGCAGCUUCCCGACGUGCAACACGUCGCGCUACUACGCCGCCGAGAACUCGUGGCCGCUGAUUUUCUGCCACUUUACAAAGGACGGGGACCCCGAGUACGACCAAGUGAACGGCACCAACCUCGACGACCUCAAGAAGAACCUCGAGAUCCAACUGCGCGACUACAACAACAACGAAAACAACACGGCCAUGUACCUCGACUUGUUUGAUGACGCGAUCAAGCAUGUCGCGCGCAUUGUGCGUAUUUUGCGCAACGAAUCCGGGCACGCGCUCUUGGUCGGUGUCGGGGGCUCGGGGAAGCGGUCCUUGGCGCGGUUGGCGUCGCACAUUUGCGAGUACACGGUCAAGCAGAUUUCGAUCUCGAGCAAGUAUGGCGAGAACGAGUUCAAAGAAGAUCUGCGCAAGAUGUACAUGGUCAUCACCGACCAGUGCAGUCGCAGCGAAGAAAAAGGCGGCGUCGUCUUCCUUCUCACCGACUCGCAGAUCACGAACGAGAAGUUUCUCAUCUACUUGAACGAUCUCCUCGCGUCCGGCGACAUUCCGGACCUCUUUGCAACCGAAGAUAUGGACAAUAUCGUCCAAAUGGUGUGCGUCAUGGCCGGCACGAAGGAGCGCAAGGAAGUCAUCAAGUUUUUUCAAAGCGAGAUCCGCAAGCGCCUCCAUCUCUGCCUCUGCUUUUCCCCUGUCGGCGACGACUUUCGCAGCCGCGCGCGCAAGUUUCCGGCGCUCGUCAACUGCACCGAAAAGCUCAAGGACAUUAGCGACCUCCUUGGCUCGGACGAGUCGCGCGCUGGCAUUGAAAACUUUAUGCCGUUUUCGUUUGUCUCGGUGAAUCAAUGCGCCGAGCGUUUCUUUCAAGUCGAACGACGGUAUGUGUACACGACGCCCAAAUCGUACCUCGAGCUCCUCCAGCUGUACAAGAACAUUUUGAAAAAGAAGGUCAAGGAGUACGCCGGUGCGAUCGAGCGUCUCGAGAAAGGGCUGCAAAAGCUCAAGGAAACGGGCGAGACGGUCGCGCGCCUUGAAGUGGAGCUGAAGGGGAAGCUCGAGCAAGCCGAAGACAAGAAGGCCGUUGCGUCCGGCAUCGCUGAGACGGUCAACAAGGAAAAAGCCAAAGUCGAGGUUGAGUCCAAGAAGGCGGAGGAAGAAGCUGCCAAGUGCGCCAUCAUCCAAGCCGAAGUCACCGAGAAGCAGCGUUCGACCAUGGAAGAUUUGGCCAAGGCCGAGCCGGCGGUGCAGCAAGCCAUGGAAGCCCUCGACUCGCUCAACAAGAAGGAUCUCGGCGAGUGUAAGACCAUGUCCAAGCCGCCGGUGGGUGUCGACGACGUCUUCGGAGCGACGAUGGUGCUUCUGGCCGGCCAAGGCAAGGUCAAGGACUUCAAGUGGGACGCGUGCAAGAAGCAAGUGCUCGGCAACAUCCCAGAGUACAUCGAGUACCUCCUCAAGUUCAAGGACCUCGUGGAUGCCAACCAAAUUCCAACGCAAAACUGGAAGGAAGUGCGCGAGUUCCUCGAGAAAGAGUACUUCAAGCCCGACAUUAUUGCGACGAAAAACAAAGCCGCCGCCGGUCUCUGCAGUUGGGUCGUCAACAUCGUGAUGUACUACGACAUCCUCGUCACGGUCGAGCCCAAGCGUAUGGCGCUGGCGGCGGCCAACUUGGAGCUCGAGGCCGCCAACAAGCGUCUCGGCGAAGUCACGUCGCUCGUUGCAGAUCUCAACGCCAAGCUCAGCAAGCUGCUUGAAGAAGCCGCCGCAGCCGAAAAAGAGAAGGAAGACGCUAUCAACUCGGUCGAGCAAGGCAACCGCAAGAUGAAGCUUGCCGGUACGCUCACCAAGGACCUCAGCUCGGAAAACGUGCGCUGGGGCAUCAACGUCCUCCAGCUGCAGAAAGAGAAGGACCUGCUCGUGGGCGACUGUCUCUUGGCGUCUGCGUUCAUCUCGUACAUUGGUCCGUUCACCAAGCCGUUCCGGGACGAGCUCAUCAAUAAGCACUGGGUGCCAUACCUGCGCAAGGCGGCGAAUGGCAACUCGAUCGCGAUGAGCGAAGAGAGCAACCCUGUGUACAUUCUCACCAACGACGCUGAGAUCGCCGAGUGGAACACACAGCGUCUUCCUGCCGAUCGCGUCUCGACGGAAAACGGGGCGAUUGUCGUCAACACGGUCGCCAUGGGACGUCGGCCGCUCAUCAUCGACCCGCAGCUGCAAGCGAUUGCGUGGAUCCGCGAGAAGGAAGCACCGUUCAACCUCCAGAUCGUGCGCAUUGGCCAAAAGUUUUGGAUCGAGAAGCUCAAGACGGCGCUCGGCACCAAGACGGCGUUCCUGAUCGAAAACCUCGGCGAAAAAUCGACGCGAUCCUGGCGCCUGUCAUCCAGCGCUCGACAUGCGUCCGUGCCUUACUGCGACGAGUUUCGCUUGUACCUCCACACGAAGCUCGGGAACCCGCACUACCCGCCAGAGAUCCAGGCCGAGUGUACCAUGGUGAACUUUACCGUCACUGCGCUGGGCCUCGAAGACCAGCUGCUCAACCUCAUCGAGCUCAAGAAGCUCGAGGACAUUAUUCUGCAGUACCUCGCGGAAGCCGACGACGAUAUCACCAACAACCAGCCGCUCAUCGCCAUCUUGUCCGACACCAAGUACAAGGCGCAGAUGACGCAAAACAACAUGGAGGCGGCCAAGAAGACCCAAGAGAGCGUCAACAUAACGAGCGAAAAGUACCGGUCGAUCGCCGCACGCGGGUCGCUCCUCUUCUUCCUUAUGAUCGACCUCAGCAAAGUGCACUCGUACUACAUCUACUCGCUCGCUGCGUUCCAGCAAGUCUUUCUCCAAGGCGUGUACAACCUCCCGAUGGCGUCUCCCGUAGCCGACGAGCCCCCAGCCGACGCCGCAGUCGAUGGCGAGGCACCGCCUCCGCCCGAUGCGCCGCCCGCCGAAGAAACCACGAUUGACUUUUCCGACGAAGAUAUCGCUGCGCGCUGCACAGGCUUGAUCUCCAGCAUCACCAUGUGUGUCUUCAACUACAUUCGGCGCGGCCUCUUUGAGCGCGACAAGCUCACGGUCGCCACCAUGCUCUGUCUCAAGAUCUUGCUGCGCGACGGCGGCCUCGUCGACGCCGAGGUCGACGCCUUCCUCCUCGCAAAGUCUGUGGCCGAGCCGGGCAACAUGGGCGUUCUCGCCGAGUGGUUGCCGCCGUCCUGUUUUGCCAAGCUCAAGGCGCUCGAGACGCUCAAGGUGUUUGCGACCGUGGCCGAUGUCAUGCAGAACGACCCGGACGAAUGGCGCAAGUGGUUCGCAGCCGAAGACGCCGAGCAGUGCAAGCUCCCGGGCGACUUUACCAAGCUCACGCCGUUUCAAAAGAUCAUUCUGCUUCGCGCGCUCCGCCCCGAUCGUGUCACGAACGCCCUCCGGCGCUUCAUUCUGGACGCUCUCGGUGAACAGUACGUGACGCAGCCGCCGUUCGAUAUGCUCCAGACGUUUGAAGAGACGAACCCAGCGAUCCCGAUCUUCUUUGUGCUCUUUCCCGGCGUGGACCCGACGCCGUGGGUCGAGGACCUUGGGCGCACCAAGGGCGUCAGCAUCGAAAACGACAACUUUAUCAACAUUUCCAUGGGCCAAGGCCAGGAACAGCAUGCUGGCGACUGCCUCAAGAAGCUCGCAACCAAGGGCGGCUGGAUCAUUCUCCAGAACGUGCAUCUCAUGCAGUCGUGGCUGCCGAUGCUCGAGCGCCAGCUCGAAGAGAUCGUUGGCGAAGGACCGCACGAACUCUUCCGGUGCUUCAUUUCGGCCGAGCCGCCGCCGAUUCUGCUACCGCUCGAGCUCAAUGUGCCCGAGUCGCUCAUGCAGAGUUGCAUCAAGGUCGCCAACGAGGCGCCCUCCGACAUUCAGUCGAAUCUCCGCCGUGCGUGGGCAACGUUUGGGGAAGACAAGGUCGAUGCGUGCACGAAGCCCACCGAGUUCAAAGCUUGCCUCUUCUCGCUAUGCUGGUUCCAUGCCAUCGUGCUCGGGCGUCGGCGCUUUGGGCAGCAAGGUUGGAGCCGCGCGUAUAGCUUCAACACCGGCGAUCUCACGAUAUGCGGCAAUGUGCUGCAGAGUUACUUGGACAACAACGCGACUGUGCCGUGGGACGACAUUCGAUACAUCUUUGGCGAAAUCAUGUACGGCGGGCACAUCACCGACAGCUGGGAUCGACGCACCAACAACACAUACCUGACGGUGCUCAUCAACCCAGGUUUGCUCAACGGUAUGGAGCUUGGACCCGGCUUCAAGUCGCCCAAUCCGGCCGAGUUUUCCUUCUCGGAUUACGCGACGUACAUUGAGAAGAACAUGGUGCCCGAGUCCCCUCCGCUCUUUGGCUUGCACCCGAACGCCGAGAUCGGGUAUCUCACGACGACGUGCGAGACGCUCUGCUACACGAUUGUCAGUAUCGGCGGCGGCGGUGGCAGCGGUGGUGGUGGCGGCUCGGACAAGACGGCGAUGCUCAAGGCAACGAUUGACGAUUUCGAGGCGCGGACGCCCGAAUUUUUCAUGAUGCUCGACUUGCAAGAAGUCGCAGCGCCCGGAUUGACCCAGGACCACGGUCCGUUUGUCGUCGUUGCGCUCCAAGAGUGCGACCGCAUGAACGUACUUUUGGACGAGAUUCGCAAGUCGCUGGCCGACCUCAAGAAGGGUCUGAACGGGCAGCUCAACAUGUCGCAGUCCAUGGAAGACCUCGCGACUGCGAUUGGGCUGAACGAAGUGCCUGGUCGGAACCCGUUUUCUCAGUGCAAGUGGGAACGAAAGGCGUGGCCGAGCAAGAAAUCGCUCUCUGGUUGGUUCGUGGACAUGGUCAAGCGCCAUGCACAGCUGCAGAAAUGGGCCUCGGACUUUAUUACGCCCUUCUCGCUCUGGCUCCCAGGGCUCUUCAACCCCACGGCGUACACGACCGCGUGUCUCCAAGUCACGUCACGCCGCAAGAUGAUGCCGCUCAACAAGAUGACGGUCGAGACGCACAUGACGACGGUCAUCAACGCUGAUGCUAUGACGUACUACCCCGACGACGGCGUCUUUGUCCACGGCCUCUUCAUCGAAGGCGCGCGCUGGAGCACGGUGGAUGAAAUUCCGACCAAGUACAAGGUCGGAACGUCGCCGGCGACCGAGUGUGGUGGCAUCGUCAUGGACAGCAACCCAAAGGAGCUAUUGUGGAUGAUGCCCGUCGUAUAUGUCAAGGCUGUCGAGACCAAGCCGCUGUGGGAGCCCACAUCCGUGGGCUACUUGCGCCACGAUCCUGAAAUUUACGAGUGCCCCGUGUACCUCACUCGCUUCCGCGGUCCGACCUAUGUCCUCCUCGCCACGCUGCCAACCGACUGCGGGCAAGAAAAGUGGGUCCUUCGUGGUGUAGCAAUUCUCUUUCAAGACGACAAUUAA